CGGCCCCGGAACGUGCGCACCGGGUGCGCGGGUGGGAGGGACCGGUGUGUCGCGGGAACCGGAGCCUGGGUACGGGCGUCAAAGAGCCAGGGCUCCGGAGGGAAGGUCGUCACGAUGAACACCGUCCUGUCGCGCGCGAACUCACUGUUCGCCUUCUCGCUGAGCGUGAUGGCGGCGCUCACCUUCGGCUGCUUCAUCACCACCGCCUUCAAAGACAGGAGUGUCCCGGUGCGGCUGCACGUCUCGCGGAUCAUGCUAAAAAAUGUAGAAGACUUCACUGGCCCUAGAGAAAGAAGUGACCUGGGAUUCAUCACAUUUGAUGUAACUGCUGAUCUGGAGAACAUAUUUGAUUGGAACGUUAAGCAAUUAUUUCUUUAUUUAUCAGCAGAGUAUUCAACAAAAAAUAAUGCCCUGAACCAAGUUGUUCUCUGGGACAAGAUUGUUUUAAGAGGUGACAAUCCGAAGCUGCUUUUGAAAGAUAUGAAGACAAAGUAUUUUUUCUUUGACGAUGGAAAUGGCCUCAAGGGAAACAGGAAUGUCACUUUGACGUUAUCCUGGAACGUUGUACCAAACGCUGGAAUUCUACCUCUUGUGACAGGUUCAGGACAUGUAUCUGUCCCGUUUCCAGAUACAUAUGAAAUAACGAAGAGUUACUAAAUUAUUCUGGAUUUGAAACAUAUUUUUAUACGUGAUGGAUUGCAUCUCAUCUCUUCCCUCUUUCCUCAUUUGUUUUGGUUACAUUUUCUUUCUCUUUUUCUUUUUGUUUUGAUGCAAGAAAGACACAAAACAUAGUUGAAGUGAGCGGUGUGCUAUGGGCUGCUUAAGCUUAGCUGUGCAAACAAACAAACA